UGCAGCGGGCGAACAGUGUCUCGUGUGACGUAGGUGAAGGCCGCUUUAUCUGGCUACAUCGUCUCGCGCCUACACGCACUCACACUCAUCUCUACCUACUGCAGUGUGUGUAGUGUUCCCAAGGAGGAUGCGUAUUGCCCUGACUCCAGGGGCAAUGUAUUUUGGAAGUCAUCCGGUCAGAGACGACCUGUGGCACAUUCUUUACUCUCGAACACAUCAAACGUGAUACAAAGUGUACGUCCAACCUGUUGCGACGCCGGGAACACAUGUACAGUAUUCACUUGCUGCAACGCCGGGAGUACCUACAAUAUAAUAUUCAUCUGCUUCGACGCCGCCUGGAGUACAUGUAGUACACUAGUCGUCUAAUACAAGAUCCGGAGUACCCGAAGUUUAGUAAUUAUAUACUACAGCACCUGGAGUUAAUGCUGCUGAGUCAACUAGGUAAUGCACUCUCUUGUUACAUGAUCUACAGGGCUGAUCUGCCGUAAGACCUGUGGUGUUUCACGUCUGCUGGAGAAUCAGGAGCGUCCCCUCGUCUGCUGUAGGAUCAAGAAUAACCCCUCGCCUGCUGCUAAAUCAGGAGUGUCCCCUCGUCUGCUGCAGAAUCAGGAGUGUCCCCUCGUCUGCUGCAGAAUCAGGAGCGUCCCCUCGUCUGCUGUAGGAUCAAGAAUAUCCCCUCGCCUGCUGCAGAAUCAGGAGUGUCCCCUCGCCUGCUGCAGAAUCAGGAGUGUCCCCUCGUCUGCUGCAGAAUCAGGAGUGUCCCCUCGUCUGCUGCAGAAUCAGGAGUGUCCCCUCGUCUGCUGCAGAACCAGGAGUGUCCCCUCGUCUGUUGCAGAAUCAGGAGUGUCCCCUUGUCUGCUGCAGAAUAAGGAGUGUUUCCCUGCGGCAGGAGGUUGAGUAUGUAAUCAGUGGAGUGCUGGUCUGCUAGGUGGUCAGCAGCACCAGUGGAGAGCAGAACCUGCCUGUGCAGCACCCGGAGGACCAUGUCGGUUGGCAACUCUGUGACGUACCUUCCCGUGGAGUUAUACCCAUCACGGACGCACUCUUUCAUUUCACUUAAUAAGGACUUCUCCAUCCUCAAACCUGAGAAGCAAGGACUACUUCGUGGGCCUCGACGUGUUGCGCGACUAUGUGUGUUUGCUCUGGUGCUGCCCACACUGCUUAUCACCAUCCCUCUGUAUGUCCGCCUCGUACUCUACCCACCCGGGCACUACCCUAUGAUGCCCACUGACCAGCGUCUCCUUAGUAGGCACGUCUCCGGCAUCUGGUGUCAGGCACAGAAUGUGAACAUGAACGGGAGCUUCAACGGGUACCUGUCUCCCAGCACCCUUGACGUGGACUCCCAGCGCCGUACUCAUGUCAUGAUAAACCACCUGGUUCUCAGGGACGACAUCAAGGAGUAUUGGGGCUUCUACUUGCUCAGGGGCUCUACUAUCACUCUCUCCUCUUGUUCCAGGUGGGAUGGAGCUGUGCUGAUGGUGCUCCGGGGCGUGGAGAACCUGCACCGCUGUGCAUGGAUUGGGGAGCUUGAUUCUACUGAAGAAGAAGAGGAAGAUGAUGAUGUUGCCAGCAAUGAACGACACAGACUGCAACAGCAAAACAAAGAUUUAAUUGCUGCCACAGCUUUUGAAGAACAUCCAUUCAAAGGCGAACAACAUUCCAAUCCCGAGGAUGACAAUUCUUUGUCUAGUCCUCCUAUAAACUCAGAAGAGCGUCGCCAGAGCAUCAGUCAACUUCUGCGGAAGGCUAUCAGGAUAAGCAAAGACAAAUCAGAGAUACUCAAAAUCCUUCAUACUGAGGAUAAAACGCAUAAUUUUAUUUCCGAAAACCAGAAGUUAAACAAGAGCCUAAUACUGCAAAAUAAUACCAAGAAUUCUACGGUUGUGCCAGAGAUGGCAUUGGACAAUGGAGAAACACAGAACGAGGAUGAAAACAGUACUACAGGCAUCCCUGAAGCGAGACAGAUUGUAUCAACAGAUGCCAAAAUUCUUGACGGUUUGAACAAAGUCAACAGAAAAUUAAAAGACGAAACACGAGGUGGUAAACGAAGACGUCUGAAAGGGAAGCGAAAAAGAAAGAAAAGUAAUGCUCGAGAUAAAAAUCCUGCUGAAGAAGUGUUGCCUGAAGAUGAAAAGUCAAGACAAUCAAGAUUGAAGAGGUUUGUCGAUGAAGAGGUAGACACAGAUAAUGGUGCAUUUGAACAACUUGACUCUAACGAAAUUUCAGACAUGAAACAAGCAGCUCAUAAUCAAAACAAAGUGAAUAUUUCGAAAGCUGAGCAGGUAAUUGGAGGGCGUAUUUUCUUCCCUGAAGGACUGAAAUUCGAGAGAGGGAGAUUUAAUCAAUCUACAAUGAACGAUAACUCAAGGGAAGAACAUGUAUCUUCCUACUCGAGCAGCGAGGAGGCUCUGGCCAGUUGUGAGGGUGUCAUUCUCACACUUCCACUUGUGCCUGCCAGGAGUUGCAACUACCACAGCGUGGCCAUUAACAAAAUAGUCUAUGACAUCCCUGUAACUGGCACCUAUUACUUUGUCUUCUCCAGUGACAAUGAAAUCUAUGUCAAUGAUAUAUUCUUGAACUUAACGAUGCAGAGAGUUGUUUACAACAUUGACAAGUCCGAAGAAGUUUGCCUCAAUACAACCGAGUGUUCCAUGCCCCUCAAGUUCUGGUCCAACGAGGAGACUGUAGUGGAGGUGCCACAGGAAACUAGAUGGGAUCACGCAUAUGUCCUGGAGACUAAGUGUGAGCCUCGUGUAUACAUUUAUCUCACCAUGAUUCUCCUUGUGCCGCUGCUAAUCAUGUGCUGCGCUUUUCGCUAACUUAUAUACCCUUUAUUUGCUCAUAUAAUACAGCUUGUUAAACUCGCUUGUAUCACCCAAGAAAUAGUGCAUUAAAUCUCUAAAGCGACUGGUAAAAGUUGAAAACUAAAUUGUGCUAAUUUUGCAUUUUGUGCUCUAUCAUUUCUAGCUUUAAUUUAGUUUUUUUUCUUAUACCCUAUACAGUGAAACCUCUGGUCAGGACCAUAAUUUGUUCCUAAACUCUGGUCACGACCCGAUUUGGUCGUAACCCAAAACUAAUUUCGUCAUUGGAUUGUAUGUAAAUACAAUUAAUCUGUUCCAGACUCCUAUGAACAAUAGGAGAUGUCAUGUCUGAGGGCAAUGUGUGAUGUGAAUAUAAUGCAGAGAAUUCGUAGUUUGGAAGUUAGGAGGAGGUGCGGGAUUACCAAAACUGUUGUCCAGAGGGCUGAGGAAGGGUUGUUGAGGUGGUUCGGACAUGUAGAGAGAAUGGAGCGAAACAGAAUGACUUCAAGAGUGUAUCAGUCUGUAGUGGAAGGAAGGCGGGGUAGGGGUCGGCCUAGGAAAGGUUGGAGGGAGGGGGUAAAGGAG